AGUAUAAAGGAGAAAUCUGUCCUCCCCUCCCCUGGUGACCAUCAAGGGAGACCACCAACAGCUUCCCCACCCUGGAAAAGGCCUAGAUGAGGAAAAAGACACAGCAACUUGCCCAGGGUCACCUCCAAUAUGCAGAUUCCUGCCAUGAUGCCUUUGCUACUUGUGUCCAUGGGCCUCAUGGACACACUUCAGGUCCACAGCCACCUCAUCACACAACGAGAUGUCUUCUCUCAAGAAACACCCCUAGACAUGGCCCCAGCCUCCUUUGAUGACCAGUACACUGGCUGUGCAGCAGCUAUGAUGGCUGCCCUUACAGAUCUCAACCACACGGAGUUUCAGACCAAUAAAGUGUAUGCAGAGGGCUGGGCACUGGCAAACAGUCAAUGGCAGGAGCGCCAGGCCUGGGGGUCAGUGUGGGGCCUCAGCCCCACCCGCCUUCCCCCACCACCUCCAGGCUUCCGAGAUGAGCAUGGGGUGGCCCUCUUGGCCUAUACAGCCAACAGCCCCCUGCACAAGGAGUUCAAUGCAGCUGUGCGYGAAGCAGGCCGCUCUCGGGCUCACUACCUCCAUCACUUUUCCUUCAAGACACUCCACUUCCUGUUGACUGAGGCCUUGCAGCUGCUGGGCAGGGGUCAGCGUUCGCCCCAGUGCCGCCAGGUGUACCGAGGGGUGCAUGGCCUGCGCUUCCGGCCAGCAGGGCCUGGGGCUACGACAAGAAGUGCAAGUCUAGAUCCUGUCAACUGGAUAACUCAGCUAUGGGUCAAGGCUCCCUCUUCACAGUCUGGUCCCUUCUGCUGCUGCUCCAGUUCCUUGUCGUGGGGUCCUUUCCAGAGAGUCCAGGCUUCCUCUGAUCCAUCAGACACUGAGCAACCUUACCUGACAUUCUGCCAACCUAGGGAUGUUGGCCAUGUGUGUACUUUAAAUGUAGCCAAGAUGCCUGGUAAACCCAUUUGCAGGGCUCUGGGACCUUCUCUGACAGCUUCCAGACCUCUCAGACCUGGAGACACAAUAAAGAAUUUAGGGACUGAAUCUUCCAUCAGGGUGCUAGGAAUGAUACUCUGACUAAAGGCAGGAGGAUUCCAGAACAGGCAAUCACUCACUUGGAGAUAGAAGAGAUUUCAAUUUAUUGGGGGCUGACUGGGUAGGGAAGCACUUGGCCAUAGGACUUGCUGGUGUAAUUCAAAUGUUUCACAUAUUUACCUGGAAAGCUCUAAUUGACUCCUCCAGGAAGCCUUUUCUGACCUCUGCCACCUGCCUGGGUUAUGGGCCCUGCCUCUGUGCUGGCAAAGGUCUGUGAAUGCUUCCCAUAUCAGAUUGUGAGAUUCCUGAGGAUAGGGACUGAGUCUGAGGCACAGAGAUAAUGCCUGGAACUGUGUGGAAGUCAGAAAGGGACAAAUUCCUGUGAAAGGCUGGUCUCUGCACUGCCCCUACUUUGGACACUUUCAAGCUCCCCAAAUGUAAGUGUGUGGGAAUUGGAUGGACUGCAUCUAAAUCCAGAGCUCAGAGAGAAGAAGAAAUAGAGCUUUAGGCCCUCUCUGAGAGUCCCAGUCAAAUCCCAAUUUUCUUGUCAGCAAAGAUGUUAAUUUAUG